AUGGUGAUGAGAGGUCUAGAAGAGCUGUCGGCUAAGUUUUAUAACAGGUAAUUGACAGGAGAUCUUUUUGCGUCAAACGAUAGUCUGCAUCUAAACUUCUUUUGCAAAAAAUGGCGAUGAGUGUAAUGAUAAUAUUAAUCUAAUAAUCUUAUCAAGGUGGGGUAACAGCGGUAUUAAACACAAAUUUCUAGUGUUUGUAAAAUUUUUUUUUAUUUACUAAAAUAUUGCUUUAUAUUAUAGUGGACACAAGCUUUUAAAGCAAAUUUUCGCAAAAACAAUUUAAAACAGUUCUAAGAUAACAUCAUUUGAAUGCGCAACUUAUGAUAUGUUCUAACUUUAAGCAAAACAAACAUUUGUAAAGCCGUCUCGACUACUUUUUUGGGCUGAUUUUGUCUGCCGUUUCCUUGUUCCGCGCACUCUCUCUUUUCCGCUUUAAAUUGCCUAAAACGUGAUUCGAAAGAGACGAAAAGGGAAGUAGUGUCUUUACAAUAAUCAUAUCUUUUAGUUGCAUUAGCCGCCGACUAAAGAUUACUUAGUUGUGUUAGGUUGUAAGUAUAGUAAUCUUUCAUUUCUACUUUGAGUGGUGUGAGUGGCUGUAGUAUUUGCAGCGGAUGAAAAUGGAGUAUGUUUUAUUAUGGAUAUUGGUUUUUUUGGAAAAUAGGGGAUAUACGUUCCUUCUUUUCGGUUUAUUCAAGUUUAGAAUAGAAGAAACGUAAAACAAAAAGUUAUAUGUAGAAAACAGUUCUAACUAGCUUAUUUUUAAAUGCCAUUAACGUGUAUUUUUAGAUUCUCACACUCAAAAGUAUCUGCCACACCAUCUUACGGGUCUACGACAUCGUUACAACCAGCUACAGCGAGUGUAGACGAUGCUGAUUCUCCAAACUUUUCCCAAAACAGUUUUUAUGGCAGAGUCAGGCACUUCGCAUCAAUUACCGACCCUCGGCUGGUCUUUACUCCAAACACUGAGCUCUUCAAGGCCAAGGAGCUACUGGGUGCUGUCAGGUAUGUCAUCAAAUUAAAAAAUGAUUAGUUUGGACAAAAAGUAAAUUUAAUACAGUCACCUGCAUGCUCGUUAUGUAUCGAUAUCAAUAAAUUUCUUAGUACUUAAUAGUAUAUGUACAAACAGUUAUCUUUUUUAUAAUAUUGCAGCCUUUUUGUUAAUUAUGGGUGGAAUAGUAUAUUAUUGACUAUGAAAUUUAUAGACAAGGCAAUUCCGAAGCCAGUCCAUCAGAAAUUCGCCGUGCCAAAGUUCUGUACGGCUCUGCCUUUCAUCCUGACAGUGGAGAACUCCAAAAUGUAAUGGGAAGAAUGUGCUUCAACGUGUAUGGCAGUACGUUGAUGUGUGGUGGAAUGAUGGUGUUCUACCGGUCGACUGCUGGAGUGUUCUUCUGGCAAUGGGCUAAUCAGUCUUUCAACGCUUUGGUCAAUUACACUAAUAGAAACGCUAAGAGUCCAUUGACCAAAAAGUGAGGUUUUAUGUUUUGAAUAGUCAUUGUUCUUUCUGGAAGGACUAUUUGCUAGAACAGUGGUAUAAUUAUUAAAUCUAUGGUAUUGCCACUUUCAGAGACCUGUUGACCGCCUACACUUCUGCCGUGUCUGGAGCUCUUGGGGUAGCCUUCGGACUAAAAUGGUUCUGUGCCUAUAAGAAGCUGAGUGUGGCAUGGCAACGUUUGGUACCGAUCUCAGCUGUUUGCGUGGCUAACUUCAUCAACAUACCUUUGAUGAGACAAAAGUAAGAACAAAUUGAAGUGUCACAUAAGCAAUUAAUUUAGCGAACUCAAGUAUGGAAUGACCGUAUCUGAUGCCGAAGGAAAUGAAGUUGGCAAAUCGAAAACGGCUGCUUUCAAAGCUAUUGGUCAAGUUGCUUUCUCCAGGAAUAUUAUUGUUAUACCAUCUAUGGGUAAGUCAAACAAGUCGUACAUAUUUAUAUUUACUUUUGAUUCCUUCGUUGUAAAAGCUGUUAGAGAUAACAUAAUUAAGGUCAUCGUACUAUUAAUAAGUACCGUUUUUCUUAUUGUUUUAGUACUUACUCCGAUGAUUGUUGAUGUUGCUGCUGCACGAUGGAAAUGGUUUGGAAAGAACCUGAAGGUUCUUAACAUUCCAGCACAACUUGGACUUAUAUUUGUUCUGUUUGGUGCAAUGGUACCAGUUGGGUGUGGAUUGUUCCCCCAACAAAGGUAAGUUGUAGUACUGUUUCUUGUAGAGUAUAAUAUAAAUCGAAAAUACUUUUGAAUAAUUAAAAGUGUGCUUCAUAAACUUUGUCUUAAUUUUAAAAUUUGAAAUAUAUUUUGUACUAUAUGUAUAUUUUCAGCUCGAUCUCAGUGGAAUCUCUAAAGAGAUUUGAGCCAGAAACAUACGAAAGUCUUCGAACACGCGGCCUGGAUACCGUAUACUUUAACAAAGGUCUUUGA